AUGAAGAUCACCACAACAACAAGACUAUUACUAUUAUUUUUAUGGUCUGUGUUGUUAUUGUCAACGUUAUUGUUAACGGUGAAUGCAACAGAUAUAGUAUGGUCAGCAGGUCAAUCAUCAGAUAAUUGGCAUUUAGCCUCAAAUUGGAAUCCUGCAUCUGUACCUGGCCAACAAGACAAUGCACUUAUUCAAGGCCUUGUUACCGUCAAAACAACGUAUCAACCCGAACCUUCAAUCAGUAAAAUCGCAUUGCAAACAUUAACUAUUGGUGGUGGUCCACAAGACAUUGCAAAUCAACAAACUACAAUGUUCCUCUUUCAAACAGGAAAUAUAACUCAAGUUACUGUUGGACCUAACUCAUCAUUAUACCAUAAUUCUGGUAUGUUGUAUUGGUCAUUUGCAAAUAGAACCAAUGUAAUGGGACAUUUAUAUAUUUAUGAAGCUGCCUAUGAUUCUCUUGUCACUCAAAACACUACUGGUAUUAUUUAUCUUGGUAUGGGAAAUAGAGCCUAUAUCAAUAGAAUCGUAUCGGUACCCGAUGCUGUAGGUGGCGUUUAUGUUUUUAAUUCAUCGGUUUGUCAAAUAUGGAGUUUUGAUACAAAUUACCUAAGUAUCAAUAUCUCACAAGUUACUCUUAAAAAUGAUCAAGUUUUUACUGUAUCAAGAAUAUCAAAUUAUUUAAGAAUAUUGGAAUCAUCAUUUUUAAUGACAAGUCAUGUUGUAUUAAAUAAUUCAUUUUCAAAUAUGAUUGAUUCUAAUCUUACAGGAGUUGGAAUUAAUUUCUAUUUAUUAAAUUCUACUAUGAAUAUGACACUUUCUGAUCCUGCACCAGCAGGUAAAUCAGUGUUUAAUAUGAACUCUGGUAUUAUUAAACUUGCCGAUAAAUCUAGUCUAUACCUAUAUGAUACUGCUAUCAACUCUAUUGGUACAUCGAUCAAUGUAACCGAUGGAUCAGUCUUGUCUGCAAGAGAUGUCUUUUCAGAUAUUAAUUUAAAAAAUGGUCAUAUCUUUUUAUCUGAUUCAAGGUUUACAUUUGUUGAUCAUGUUUGGGUAACGAUAAGUGGAGGUAUUUUAUUUACUAUGGGUAAUUCAUCGAUUAGAGCAGCUACCAAUUCAGUUUUGGAUAUUCAAGGUACGAUUGGUAGUUGUUUGGCUACCGGUAACACAGAUAUUAGUAUAGAGGAUGACUCUUCGGUAUUUUUAAAGGGACAUAUGCUCAUGACCAAUAACUCUGCCAUUACCAUCCAACAACAAUCCUUUAUCUAUGUUGAAGGUCUUUUGAUCAUGUACAACAAGACAAAGGUACUAUCGAUUCAAAGUGAAUUCUAUGUGGAGGAAGGUUUGUCAUUGUACGAUGAAUCUACCGUCACUGUUAUCGGUUCCUAUUUAUCAGUGACUGGAGACAUUUAUUUGUUUGACAAUACUGCCAUCAACCUACUCACCACCAUCGUCGAAGUACCAGGUACCAUUGCAGUAUCAUCUCUCCUUACAGCCACUGCCUCCAACAUCACUGUCAUGGGUGAUAUAUUUAGUGACGGUGUAGUAGAUUUACAAGCUAAUUCAUGGCUCAUCGUAACAGGUGUAUUCAUAUCAAUCAAUUAUACAAAAUUAAAUCUUUCAGUUAUUGGUACUCAUGAAUCUAUGAAGUAUGGAGGACAAUUUAUUGGAAUUGAUUCAGCUAUUGCAGUAGUUGCAGGGGAUUUAAUUAUCCUUCCUGGAACUAAUUUCUCGUGUAGUGGAUGUGGUAUUCUGGUUCAAGGUGGUAGUUUUACCUACUCUGCAGAUUCAAGUGUCGUUUUAAUUGACACCUAUUUAGAGACUGAAAGUGGAGCUAAUCUCAUUUCAGACUCGGAUAUUUAUACAUUCCCUGGUAGUUCGAUUACCAAUGCAGGUACUUUUACACUCUCGAGAAAUAUUGAAAUUCCAACUGUACAACAUCCACUCUUUGAACAAUAUCGUCAGGUUCAAUUACAAAAGACGGCUAUGGGAAUCCAAGAUACACCACUCGAAUUAACAAACAGUGGUACUCUUGAUUCUACAGCCGAUAUUUCAAUUGGUAUUCAAUUAAAUAAUCAAGGUAAACUCCAAGUCAAAGGAAAUAAUAUUAAAGUUGCAAAGGUGGUCCAAAAGAAGGGUUCUAUCAUUGUUGGUGGUGGAUCCAUGUCAUCCAACAACACUAUCGAUAUUCAAGGUGGAGCCAUUCAAGGUCAAGGUCAAAUCAAUGGUGAUAUUCAACAAAGUGGUGGUUCUAUUGGUACAGUUUCUCAAACUUCCGACAAAUUAAAUAUUAAUGGUAGUCUUGAACAAAAUAAUAGUUCAACUAUUAUCGUUACAAUUAAUACUAUUGAUGAUUUCUCUCAAUUGAAUAUAAGUAAUAAUGCAAACUUUAGUGGAACUAUUGAAAUUAGAGUUGCAAAGAAUUUAACAGAAUCGAAUGAACCAAUUAAUAUUCCAGUUAUGAAUUAUGGUCAAUCAAAUGGUGAUUUUUCAAAGAUCAAUAUUAUUACUUAUGAUCCAGAUACUGGUAAAGAAGAUGAUGAACCAAAUUGCAAGGUAUCAAGUCAAAAGGGUGGAUCAAAGUACUCUGUUUUGGUGUCAGAGUGUCAAUCAUCUUCAUCAAUGUCAAAGACAAUGACUGGUGUCAUUGUAGGUGUCGUUGUAGGGAUCGUGUCACUUGCAGCAAUAGCAGGGGGAGUUUAUCAUUAUAGAAAGAGGCUAGCCAUGCAUAUGAGGUAUCGUAAAGAGAGAGCAUCAGUUUCAUUGGGUAAAAUUAGAAAAUCAUUCCGUGAUAACUAA